AUGGAAUUAGACACCCAGCAAAAACUCAACCCACCCCAUGUGGCCAUCGUCCCCACUCCAGGACUGGGCCAUCUCAUUCCCCUCGUCGAGCUGGCCAAACGACUCGUCGUCCAUCACAACUUCACCGUCACCUUCAUCAUCCCGAACGACGGGUCGUCCAUGACCCCGCAAAAGAAAGUCCUCCAAGCCCUUAACCCUCAGUCCAUAUCCUCCACCUUUCUCCCUCCCGUUAACUUCGGUGACCUCCCGGAGGACGCUCAGAUCGAAGCACGAAUCGCCCUCACCAUGACUCGGUCCCUCCCCGCUCUACGCGACUCUCUCAAGGUCCUAGCUGAGUCAACUCGCCUAGUGGCACUUGUAGUUGACGUUUUUGGAGCGGACGCAUUUGAUGUGGCUAAUGAAUGCCAUGUGGCGCCCUACAUGUUUUGGUCAACGAACGCUAUGGCUUUGUCUUUUGGCUUUUAUUUGCCGUGGCUUGAUGAGACCACUUCUUGUGCGUAUAGGGACAUGCCUAAACCGGUUCGUUUUCCAGGUUGCGUACCACUCCACGGUAGGGAUUUUUUGGACCCGGUUCAUGAUAGGAGCAAUCAAGGCUACAAAUCCACACUUCGGAUAUGCAAGAAGUUCAAGUUGGCUUCAGGGAUUAUGGUAAACAGCUUUACAAAUUUGGAACCUGAAAUUUUUAAGGCUUUGAAGGAAGCCCAAGGAUCACAAGGGUUUCCACCGGUUUUUCCCGUCGGACCAGUAAUUAAACUCGAUUCAGCCCGUGUAUCGGAUGGGGAUCACGAGUGUUUGGGAUGGCUAGACAGGCAGCCACGUGGGUCAGUGUUAUUUGUCGCGUUCGGGAGCGGUGGGACCCACUCACUUGAGCAGAUGAAGGAGCUGGCUUUAGGGCUUGAAAUGAGUGGGCAGAGGUUUCUUUGGGUUGUGAGGAGCCCAAAUGAGACAGCUAAAAAUGGUACUUACUUUAGUUCUUCUUCCACUGCCCAACAGAAGGACCCAUUGGGUUUUUUGCCUGAUGGGUUUCUGGAGAGGACCAAAGAGGUGGGCCUAGUGGUCCCAUCUUGGGCCCCACAAGUUCAUGUGCUGAGUCACGAGUCAACGGGUGGGUUUUUGACCCAUUGUGGGUGGAACUCGACAUUGGAGAGCAUAGUGAACGGCGUGCCGUUGAUUGCUUGGCCACUCUAUGCAGAGCAACAUAUUAACGCAGUUUUGUUGGCUGAUGAUAUAAAGAUUGCAUGGAGGGUCGAGAUGAAUGACAAGGGCAUAGUGGAGGGCCAAGAUAUUGCCAGGUAUGCAAGGGGAUUGAUUGAAGGAGAUGAAGGGAGAUUGCUGAGGAACAAGAUGAAAGAGCUGAAAGAGGCAGCCAAAGUGGCCUUGAGCCAAGGAGGGUCGUCCACAGAAUCACUGGCUGAGAUGGCUGAGAUAUGGAAGGGCCACAAUUGA